AUGGCCGGGAAGCCCAUACUUCAUUAUUUCAACGGAAGAGGGAGAAUGGAAUCUGUCCGGUGGCUCCUGGCAGCAGCUGGGGUAGAGUUUGAGGAAGAACUUUUUGAAACCCGGGAAGAAUUUGAGAAGUUAAUCCAAGGUGGAACCCUGAUGUAUGGGCAAGUGCCCAUGGUCGAAAUCGAUGGAAUGACUUUGGUGCAGACCAGAGCCAUCCUGAGAUAUGUAGCUGCCAAGUAUGACUUGUAUGGAAGGAACCUGGAUGAACAAGCCUGGAUUGACAUGUAUGUAGAGGGCUUGAGGGACCUGAGCGACAUGAUAAUGUACCUUCCACUCUCCCUGCCGGAAGAGAAGGAGAUGAACCUUGAAUACAUCCUCCACCGAGCCACGACAAGAUUCUUCCCUGUGUACGAGAAGGCCCUAAGAGACCACGGGCAAGAUUUUCUUGUGGGCAAUCGGCUGAGCUGGGCUGAUGUACAGCUCCUUGAAGUCAUCUUAAUGGCUGAAGAAUGCAAGGCCGACGUUCUCUCGGAAUUCCCUCUGCUCCAGGACUUCAAGGGGAGAACCAGCCGAAUCCCUACAAUUAAUAGAUUCCUGCAGCCUGGAAGCCAGAGGAAGCCUCCGCUGGAUGAGCGAUCCCUUGGGACUGCCAAGGACAUAUUCAAAUUUGAACGAGGCAUGUUUCUUAAAAACAUGAGCACUAUAGUAGCUGAGUAUUGA